AUGCAAACAUUAGCAAAUUUUAUUCAAAGUUGGCUUAAUGAAUCCGAAAAGCCAUUAGUUGAUCUUUAUCAAUAUUUAUGCAUAUUAUUAUUGUCAAUCAUUACGUUUACAAAAUUUUAUAUGAACAAACAUCGAAUACAUAAUCAACAUGCAAAACAAAAAGAUUUACAAAUAUCUGGUUAUGAUCCAUGUAAAAGUUUUAAUAUUGGAUAUUGGAAAGAUUAUUCUAAUAAUCAACAAGAAAAAAAACAAGUUAUUAGUGGAAAAAAUGUAGAUAUAGAUAAACCAAUUGUUUUAUUUAUUCAGAAUAUUAAUCGAAAUUAUAGAUAUUCAAUUUGGUUAAUUCAACAACGUAUUCCAUCACUUUUAGCUCAUCUUAAUUGCCGUAUAUACACGCGUAUAUCAUCAUAA